UCAAACACCACUGCAGUGAUCUGGUUCUCAAACGUCAAUGCCCUUAUUUUUCGAUGAUACAUCAGUAUGACGCUUGAUUGUACUUAAAAAUCUCCUUUGGAACAAACACUGUCAUAACCUGUGAGACCAGACCUGGAGGAUGGCUGUAUAUUCCAUGUUCAUAUAUUGUAGUGUCUGUUCCUCCUUCUGCUUCUCAUGGACGAUAAUGAAUCAAGGGGAUGUGUGGGAUAUUCCAGAAACUGAAGGCUACACUAAUACAAACCUCCAAGACGAUGUGUCUGAAUCUGAAAUGUAUGAUGAAGACGGUAUGUUUACAGAUUGGUCCCAACAUCCGGGUAUAGGAGACAGUCACCAGACGAGCACCGAUGAUUCCUGGGAGUUCCUCCGAGAGGAGGAGUCAACACGUAAAGAUGUUGUAGAUUAUGUUAAUGCUGAUAACGGAGAAGCUGUACUACAAGUUGGGCAAGACCUGCGUAUGCCAGAGGACAGCUACAAACAUUUGGAGGCUAAUGUCGAGGUUCUGGCAGUCGUGGAUUACUGUCUUUACCGGAAGUAUCUCCGACAAUAUCGCAACAAUAAGAGGAAAGCACACAUGCAGAUCGAACGAUACUACCAGAUUCUCUUCUCAAUGGUUGACCAGCGCUUCUCAACUAUCCAGUCGCCAUCGUUGGCCAUCCGUGUUAGCUUGGUUGGAAUUGUCAUUCCAAAGAAUCGGGCAGAAGCUAGCUGGCUGGAAAACUCCGUUAUCUGGCCCCGGACUGUUCGCCAAGGUGUGGUUAAUGUGGAUACAGCUCUUCAAAAGUUUCAGAUGUGGCUUCGGAGAAAAUAUCCUGAUCUUCCUACUUACGACCACGCGGUAGCUUUUACAGGACACCGGUUAUAUAAAGGACAAAGAAAAGUUGACGGUAUGGCGUAUAUCGGGACGAUAUGUCGAACCCUGGAAGGGAAAUCGUCUUCUGUUGUAUACGACAAUGGAGAUUUCCUUGCUGCUGGAAUCACCACUCAUGAACUUGGACACAGCCUAGGUGCCACACACGACGGAGACAGUGUAAACCAAGACUGUUCAGCUGAUAGAGACAACAUAAUGUCCCCCAGACAGAGCGCCAAGAGUAAGGCAGCAUCCUCGAUGUUCUACUUUUCGGACUGCAGCAUCAAACAGAUGAUAUAUCACCUCCAGAAUAGGAGACAUUGUUUAACUGGAGGAACUAAAGAUCCAUAUAACCAGACAGGCAAUAACUCCCCAGGUUCCAUAUAUGGUCUGACGAAACAGUGUCAGAUGGUGUUUGGUUCCCAGUCUGACUUCUGCCAGCGUACCGGUCGCUAUGACAACAUAUGUGAACAGCUCUGGUGCACCAAUCCUGGUAAUUCCCGAAUCUGCCAAACUAAGUCAAGACUUGUAGCACUUCCGGGCACGAUUUGUUCUCAUCAGAAGAUAUGUCACCUUGGUAACUGUUUGGAUUCAUCCACAAUACACAGCCAAACCAGAGAGUUUAGGCUCGUUAGACCUGCCACAACAUCAGAAUGUCCUACAGGGGAUAGAGAUCCAGCAUAUUGCACAUCGGUAGCCAUGAAGUAUGGACGUGAAGUUAUAUGUGAUCAUAACAUUAUUGGAGCCUACUGUUGUCGGACAUGCUCGAUGAUAAUGUAACACGAUUGAUCAUAACAUUAUUGGAGCCUACUGUUGUCGGACAUGCUCGAUGAUACUGUAACACGAUUGAUCAUAACAUUAUUGGAGCCUACUGUUGUCGGACAUGCUCGAUGAUACUGUAACACGAUUGAUCAUAACAUUAUUGGAGCCUACUGUUGUCGGACAUGCUCGAUGAUACUGUAACACGAUUGAUCAUAACAUUAUUGGAGCCUACUGUUGUCGGACAUGCUCGAUGAUACUGUAACACGAUUGAUCAUAACAUUAUUGGAGCCUACUGUUGCCGGACAUGCUCGAUGAUAUUGUAAAACGAUUGAUAACAUUAUUGGAGCCUACUGUUGUCGGACAUGCUCGAUGAUAAUGUAAAACGAUUGACCAUAACAUUAUUGGAGCCUACUGUUGCCGGACAUGCUCGAUGAUAAUGUAAAACGAUUGAUAACAUUAUUGGAGCCUACUGUUGUCGGACAUGCUCGAUGAUACUGUAACACAAUUGAUCAUAACAUUAUUGGAGCCUACUGUUGCCGGACAUGCUCGAUGAUACUGUAAAACGAUUGACCAUAACAUUAUUGGAGCCUACUGUUGCCGGACAUGCUCGAUGAUAAUGUAAAACGAUUGAUCAUAACAUUAUUGGAGCCUACUGUUGUCGGACAUGCUCGAUGAUAAUGUAAAACGAUUGAUAACAUUAUUGGAGCCUACUGUUGUCGGACAUGCUCGAUGAUACUGUAACACAAUUGAUCAUAACAUUAUUGGAGCCUACUGUUGUCGGACAUGCUCGAUGAUACUGUAACACAAUUGAUCAUAACAUUAUUGGAGCCUACUGUUGCCGGACAUGCUCGAUGAUACUGUAAAACGAUUGACCAUAACAUUAUUGGAGCCUACUGUUGCCGGACAUGCUCGAUGAUAAUGUAAAACGAUUGAUCAUAACAUUAUUGGAGCCUACUGUUGUCGGACAUGCUCGAUGAUACUGUAAAACGAUUGACCAUAACAUUAUUGGAGCCUACUGUUGUCGGACAUGCUCGAUGAUACUGUAACACAAUUGAUCAUAACAUUAUUGGAGCCUACUGUUGUCGGACAUGCUCGAUGAUACUGUAACACAAUUGAUCAUAACAUUAUUGGAGCCUACUGUUGCCGGACAUGCUCGAUGAUACUGUAAAACGAUUGACCAUAACAUUAUUGGAGCCUACUGUUGCCGGACAUGCUCGAUGAUAAUGUAAAACGAUUGAUCAUAACAUUAUUGGAGCCUACUGUUGUCGGACAUGCUCGAUGAUACUGUAACACGAUUGAUCAUAACAUUAUUGGAGCCUACUGUUGUCGGACAUGCUCGAUGAUACUGUAACACAAUUGAUCAUAACAUUAUUGGAGCCUACUGUUGUCGGACAUGCUCGAUGAUAUUAUUAAACGAUUGAUAACAUUAUUGGAGCCUACUGUUGUCGGACAUGCUCGAUGAUACUGUAACACGAUUGAUCAUAACAUUAUUGGAGCCUACUGUUGUCGGACAUGCUCGAUGAUAAUGUAACACGAUUGACCAUAACAUUAUUGGAGCCUACUGUUGCCGGACAUGCUCGAUGAUAUUGUAAAACGAUUGAUGUAUCAUGAGCGUAUCGUGUAGAACACAUGCUAUUGGGAUGUCAGUAUGUGGGUAACAAAGAAUGAAGAAAUUAGAGUGCAUCAACCACGACCUUGGAACUAUGGCCUUACCAGUUCAGUGUAUAAUACACAAUGUGUUCCAACAACACUGGGAUUAUCUCCCGGGCAGGAAUGAUUGAAAGACUAAAAUGGCGGUAAAAGUGAUGAACUCAUCACAUAUCAUAUCAUCCAGUUUAAGUUUGAAAAGGAGUUUGCUUUGGUAAUUCACCUUACACUUCGGAUCUACUUAUAUGUUUUUUUUAGCCGAGACAUUUAAGUAUUGUUUGACUUUAGAUGGUUCUCUUUGGACAGAAUUUAGGGUUUAACAGGUAUAAUUUGCGUCUGAUCAAAUCAUUAAUUUCCAAUGAUUGUUUGAUUAGCAUCUACAUUAAUAUUUCAGGGAGUCUUACUUUCACACAAACUUAUAAAUGGCAUACCUAAUGUAAAAACGAUGUCUGCCAUUGAAUUCAGCCAUUAACAGUUUGGGAAUAAAUCUAUUCUUUUGA